AUGCAUGCCUCACGCACGCGUAUGAUGCUUCCCGUCGUCCUCUCAUUGUGCGCCGUGGCUCUCCUGCUCUCGCCGGUGUCAGCCGACCCGGAAUCGCUAGGCGCAGCCGUCGGCGGCGGCGACAGCUGGCCUGUGGAAUCACCAGCGGAGGCGCCGACAGGCGUGGCGGCGACACUGAAAUGGACAGAAGACGACGUCGCAGACGGCAUUGGGGUGCCACUUCCACCGGGGAGGCAGGCGUUGAGGCCUCGCCGCCACACUUCCGCUCUCAGCCCUGACGCGAGGCGGGGCCUCGACCAUGAGGCUCGCUGCGGCCCGCGCGUGUCGGUGGGGCGGGGCGUCUCCCAGUGGCCAGGGUGGAAGCCACGCUGCCGUGGCGGCGCCACGCAUGACGGUGACGCCGGCGCGCCGGCCGUGCACCGGCUGCCGCCGCUGUUCGACGAGCGGUAG